CUUCCCUGCGUGUCAUCAGUUUGCGUCUUCAAAACAUCGUUUCUCUGUUCACUGUUUGCAGCUGAUACGGGGAAAUCCAGUGGUAUAAAAAAAUAAACCUGGUGCGUACAUUACUGCGGAAUUAAAUGCGAAUCCUGCCGGAAAAAGUAUUUGUCGACAGUUUGGUAUCCGUGUGCAUCCCGGUUUGAUCCGUUUCUGUUCCGCCUCGGUUGGAGUUUCGGUGUUUUGCGUUGUGGUCGCACUGCAGGAAAAAAUAGCAACAACCAUGUCCGAAUCCUACGAUUAUCUCUUCAAAUUUCUCAUCAUCGGACGGGCUGGCAGUGGAAAGUCGUGCCUGCUGCAUCACUUUAUCGAAAACAAAUACAAAGAGGAUAGCUCGCACACCAUCGGUGUCGAGUUUGGAUCACGCGUCGUCAACGUCGGCGGCAAAUCCAUCAAGCUGCAGAUAUGGGACACAGCUGGUCAGGAACGGUUCCGCUCCGUUACGCGGUCCUACUACAGGGGAGCCGCCGGAGCCCUGCUCGUGUAUGACACAACAUCCCGAGACAGUUUCAACGUUCUUUCCAAUUGGUUGAACGAUGCUCGCACACUGGCCUCGCAGAACAUUUGCAUCCUGUUGGUGGGUAACAAGAAAGACAUGGAGGAAGAACGCGAAGUAACGUUCCUGGAGGCAAGUAACUUUGCCCAGGAGAACGAGCUUAUCUUUCUGGAAACGAGCGCCAAAACCGGUGAGAACGUCGAGGAAGCAUUCCUCAAGUGCUCGAAAACGAUCCUGGCAAAGAUCGAAACGGGCGAAUUGGACCCCGAACGGAUCGGAAGCGGUAUACAGUUCGGUGAUACUUCGAAGCGAAGUGGAACGGGGCUGACCGGAGGACGACAGCAGAGCAGUGGCCGACGCCGGGCACUGGAUUGUGCAGGAGGAUGCCGUACCUAAGUCUAAAUUUGUAGCAAGGAAAGCAAGCUUUAUCAUGUUCCAAUCUAUCGCAAAUGCUGCUUUAUGGUACCGUUACGGGAUUCUAAUUGAUCGCACCAAAGUUCUGCUUCGUGAAUAAUCAAAAUUUACAUUUAACUUAAGUUUUUCCUACAUUAUCUUUGUUUUGUACUACAAGGUAGAUAAUAGCACCUUUCGGUUCCCUAUAUCGAAAGGCACAAGAUACCUAACUGUCCAAAUCAAUUUUUGAAAGCAUGCACCGUAACCUCGGUUAAAAAAAAAGUGUUACAAACGAUCAUUGAGUCUUCGCUUUACGGUACCAUGAACCGAGUAGAAAAUGAAUACAUUGUAGUGGGUGUCUUUUUAUCGCAACCAAACAAAAGCAAACUUAUGGUGAUUGGGUUUUGUAAAAUUGAACGAAUUACCAACCACUUUUUCACUUAUUAGGUUAACGUCAAUUAGGCAUCGAUUAGUACGAGAUUCUCGAAAGUGAUGUAUCACUUAUGCAUUAUUUACGUUAUUUUUAAACGAAUCGGACAUUUUCAAACUAUUUGUAUUUAUUUACACAGCCGCUUUCGAAUCAUAAAUGUCAGCAAGGAAUUUAUCUAAAAUCUCAGUUUGUGAUCUUUGAUUAUUUACAAUGAAACCAAUUAUACAUUUAUAUAUUUUAUGUAAUCAAAACUA